UGACUAAUUAUUGUAGAUACAGAUGACUUGAUGUCCUCCACCUACCCUCACAAUGGAAACAACUACAAUGAAUACAGUCACUUCGCAAAUCAGCAAGAGUGGAAUAGAGAAUCAGCAAUAAGCAAUGCCAUGAAAACGGCCCCGGCGCCUAGCAACGUGAAUAUAGAAAUGCAGAGAUAUUACGCCGGACAAAACUACCGUGAGGCGGCGGGUGCUGCUCCUGCUCCCGGACCAGGCUGGCCUGGGGCUGCCCCUUACGAGGCCAACCAUCCAGAUGGGUACAGCGACAAAGCGAGACGACAGUACCUGUCCCAGUACGCGGCUCAGUCCCAGCCAGCUUUCCCUUCUGACUCACCCUCACCCUCACCCUGGUCAGAACCUCCUCGACAUAGUCAGAUUUCCCACGAGCAGCUUCAGUUACAUCAGCAGCAACAGUUCCAGCAGCAGCAGCAACAACUCCAGCAGCAGCAUCAGCAGCAGCACCAACAGCAUUUGCAGCAGCAGCAAGCUGCACGGGCGCGACAAAAACACGCCUCUGCGGAGAAAACACGCGAACUGCAACAACACCAGCAAGAGCUCCUUCAUCAACAACAGUUGUACCACCAGCAGCAACUCCAACAACAGCAAGUGGCUGCAGCUGCUGCUGCUGCUGCUGCAGCCGCAGCUGCACAAGCGCAACACCCUCCCUACCCUGUUGAUUAUCGGUCUCAAGCUCAGCAAGCUCAGCAACAAGCGCAGCAGCAGCAGCAGUGGAACAAUCAGAACGUGUCGGAUAAUAUCCCUCAUUUUCCGUAUCCUAAUAGUUUAGAACAAUUUACAAAACCACCUCCUAAACCUAAAUCCAAAACGAAGGAGCCGAAGGUGCCUAAACAACCUGCUACUCCUGAGGAAACUGCUCCUAUUCCUGCAUUCCCAUCGUAUCGUCACCCUUACAUGCCCGCUAUGGGACCUAUUUCGAGUGCAUCAACAUCAUCAUCUUCCUCAACAACUGUGGGCUAUCCUUAUAAUUUGGUGAGAAACGGUGCUGAAUACUCCCUCUCUCCAAUGCCCAACCCACGUUGCUCAACUAUAUAUCCUAUUGAAGUGAAUGAAAGUAACCCGCACAAUAAGCAAGCAAUGAACAGUUACAACGGUCCGGAUGGGGCUGUUCAGUACCCAGCGGGGGAGCCACCCAUCCAGCCUCCCAUCCUCGACACCUCCAUGAACCGGCCCAUCCCCGUGAAACCUGGCAAGACGCCAGACAAACACCCCACAUUUAGCAAUCAUCAUCAGUCUCGCACAGCAGACCCGGCUCCUCCGUCACGCCACAUCUCCCAGCCUGCGUUUCCGAGCUUGUACGAGAACAAUCAGCUCAGAUACCCGGCAGGGUCCACCUCCAGCUCCUUUCCUUCGUAUAGCAACUACCCAGACGGUCAGGUGUACCCCGGUCACCCUCAACCACCCACCUCCUCCGCCUCAACUCCUCACUCUGGCAGUGCUCAUCCUUACGGGGAUCCUCCCGCUCACUCCCAACGUCGGCCCUCCCAAGAGACAAGCUCUCAUCCAGCAGCAUCAGCAGCAGCGGCACCUGUUCCCAAACCCUCCAGAGACAUCCCUCUGUCCAGUAUUCUGAACCAGGUCUCCCAACUGGAGAACAGCGACCAACCCCCCGCUCUCGAGCACGUGGAGAGGAAAACUCUCGGCAGUAAACCCCGACCAGAGCUACCCAAUCUACCUGCUAUGCCCAUGUUGAAACCUGCUCCCAGCUUUAUGCCGGCUCCUGGAGACAACGUUCCUUUAGCUAUACCUGACGUGCACCAACCCUCUCCAGCCAAGGAGCCACCUAAUAUAAGUAAACUGUGGUCGGAUGCCACAGAGGACGAUAUUGAAAACCACGCCCUGACAAUCGAGGUAGAGAAGCAGCCGACAGAGGUUGCCAAGGAGGGGAAGGACAGUGAGGAGGACGUCGAGGGGCUGGACUUACUGAAGGACGACUUGUCUGAGCUUACUCCAGCCCCUAUAGUUGAAGAAAGCAAGGAAACUGUUAAGAGUAAAGCUCCUGCUGUAUACGGGAUUGAGGCUCUGUUGGGUGGUUGUAAGCCAGCUCAGAGAGACCCAGAUCCAAUAAUAGAACCAGCUCAGAGAGAGUCAGCUCAGAGAGAGUCAGUUCUGAGAGAACCAGUCCAAAGAGAGUCAGCUCAGAGAGAGUCAGUUCUGAGAGAACCAGCUCAAAGAGAGUCAGUUCAGAGAGAAUCAGUUCUGAGAGAGUCAGCUCAGAGAGAGUCAGUUCUGAGAGAAUCAGUUCUGAGAGAAUCAGUUCUGAGAGAACCAGCUCUACGAGAGCCAGUUCAGAGAGAACCAGCUGUUGAACCGCCCCAAUCUCCUGACAACUACACCAAGUCAAACAACGUUGACAAAAUUGAGUCAGAAUCAGAAGACAUGGACACAGAACCGACUCCUCAGACAUGUGAACCUGCCCCCGGUAACAUGGACGUUGUUGCUCCCGAGGAUGAGCCGCCCCUCACUCCAGCCGAGCUGUCUCGGGACGACCAACUGUUACAGUUUGCCAAGCUGGUCGACAAGCUGCACUCUGAUGACAACAGCAUGGAAGCUGAGCCAGCCCGACCUCCAAGCAUUGACCUCGAUUUGCCGGAGUCUUUCUCCAGCUAUGUUGAUAACCGCCGACCUGAUAGUCGGGUCGCAGAGGAUCAUUCAAACAUGAUUCACGGACUAAGUCCAGACUUAAAACCGAUGACUGAAGAUGCCUGCUUGCCUGAAAAGAUGGAAACGGAGGAAGAAGAGGAAGAAGUAGACGAAGAAGAAGUAGAUGAAGUAGAAGAGGAAGAAGAAGCGGUGGAGGAAGAUAAUGAGCCACUGAGAGAAGGAGAACGUACCCCGGACUUAUCUGUCAAGUCAGUAAUAGAAGAGAAGGCAGCUGAGACGCUAGACGAUACAUCUGAUAUUGAAGCAGGGGAGGCGACGGAUAAGGAGCCGGAUCAGGAGCCGGAGGAGAUGGAAGUUGCUGUUCACCAUCAGCCUCAGAAAUACAGUCCACGCCUUCUCCCAACAGACACCCAGUCUCCACCUACCACUCCUAAGGAGGUAGAAGAAGAAGAAGAAGACACAACUCCAGCUGUUCUGCUUCCUCAGCCCCCUGUCCUCAAGAUCUCUCAACCUAUUCCCACCUCAGCAGGGUCCCCUCUGAAAGAGGAGAACAGUCCUAACCUCAGUCCUGCUAACCACCAAAUCACGGAGGAACCAGCGACCACCAGCACAGAAGCCUCACCAUCCCAACCAGAGGAGAUGGAGACAGACCUCCACCUGGAUCAGACCAGCUCCAAACCCACCUCCAGAUCAGUCACACCCAACUCGGACGGAGGGAUGAAGGGUGGCAGUCCAGCUAGUGGGACUAGCAAGGGCAGUUUGAAGAGGGAACACGAGGAUGAUGAGGAAGACUGCGAGAGUGAACUGGAGAUUACUGAUAACGACGGCAGGAAUGUGUUUAAGAAUGCGGGGAAGCUGAUCGAUGGAGCGGUCACUAACUCAGAUUUUGAGGAUUACUGUUACUCGGACUCAAGCAGCCAGCCGGACUCCACGGAGUUCUCCCAGAGUCUUCACGACCAGACUGUAUCCAACUUAUCAGGCUUGGGUAGGAGGAAGAGGCAGAGACAGGCUGUUAGCGAGAAGGACGCCCAGCUUCCACUUACACAGGGAUGGCAGAGACACAUCAGGAUAAAGCGAGGUAUGGGCGGUAACAGUGGAGGUCUGAGGGGCGAGGUGCUGUACAUCGCUCCCUGCCUCAAGAAACUCCGCACUUACAACGACGUUCAGAAGUACCUACAAGUGAACGCUAUCGCCAACGUGCAGCUGGAACAGUUUAGCUUCAGUAACAGCGUUACAGUGGGAGAGUACUUUCAGCAGGAUAUUAAUACGGGUCAGUACGUAAAGAUUCCGGACGAUGUUAUACAACUUCGACUUCAAGAGCAGGAGACUAAGAAACAAAUCAAGUUGGACCAGAUAAAACAGAAGAAGCUACUGCAACUUCACAGAAUGCAGGAGAUACAACAAAAAGCAGAGGAACAGAUGAUCAAGAGGCAGAUUGAGACACAACAGAAGGCAAUGGAGACUCAUGUGAAAGCGAUGGAGACACAACAAAUAAUGGAGACCCAACACAUUAUGGAAGCACAACUUAAAGCAGUGGAGACACAACAAAAAAUGGAGGCUCAGCUGAAAGCAGUGGAGACACAACAAUUAAUGGAAGCCCAGUUGAAAGCAUUGGAGACGCAACAAUUAAUGGAAGCCCAGUCGAAAGCAGUUGAGACGCAACAAUUAAUGGAGGCUCAGCUGAAAGCAGUGGAGACACACCAAUUAAUGGAAGCCCAGUUGAAAGCAGUGGAGACGCAACAGUUAAUGGAAGCCCAGUUGAAAGCAGUGGAGACGCAACAACGGAGGACAGAGAGCCCUCUUGGUACAAUGCAGACAAUUCCUCUGUCAUUUAACGAGGCUAAACACGAGCCCGUCAUUCAGAAAGGAUCGGAGAGAAAGCCGGCAGAGGAACAACUGAGGAGAGAUCAGGAGGUGACUAAGGAGAGCUCCAUGUCUCGUAUAGCAGUUAUCACCUCCUCUGGGACCAAACAGAACAACCAUCACGGCCCCAUCAGUAGUCCCAAGAUCCCUGUAGUAACAACCAACAACAGCAACCCUGCCAAGACUCCCUCGCCCUCCAUCGACCUCUACAAUUCCGUCAUGCACGAUAAGGAGCGUGAGUUACAGAAGCAGCUGAUACAGUUACAGGCGCAGUAUAAUCAGUCACUGGAGGAGCGGAAAGAGAAGGAGGCUAUGGAGCUACAAAUGCAGUACGCAGAGCGGCUACAGUUGGAAGAGAACAGACUGGUACGCAUGGCGCGCGAGGAGCAGGCGCGGCGAGAACAACGCGACCUCGAGAUGCAGGUCCUCUCUGUUAUCAAGAAGCCGCUGGAAGAUCUCGAGUUGACAGACAGUAAGCCCCUUCCAGAUUUACCCCGGUUCGAGAACUGUGCGGUGAGCGAGGACGCUUUCGCUGACGUUCUCAUGAUCGUGGAGUUCCUGCAUGCUUUUGGGGAGAUACUUGAGAUAGAGAACAUACCUACAGUCAACAAGCUGCAGUGUGCUAUCCUCAACAACCAGGCUCCUGAAGAAAAGGAGUACUUUAUUCAGCUCCUUAUUGAGCUCCUUCAAGUUGCUAUGAAGGAUCCGGGCUUCCCACAGUCCAAAACGCCGAAGACAGCAACAGGGCAGAGUCUGACAGCAGUGCAACUCUCAGAGAACACCCUGACGGAGGUUGUCAGGUUGUACCAGAUAGCUACUACCUGGGAGGACGAGGACAGUCUUAUUACCAUGCAGACAGUUCCUGUUUGGUGCCUGAAACCCUCUCAGAAAGCCUCUCUCAUGGGACACAUCUGUAACGAGCUGCUCAGUAGUUCCCUGGUGGCCACCAAACUAGACGAUAGUCAGACGGAAAUAGAUAAUUUGAGGAAAGAGAAGUGGAAUCUGGAAUGUCAGAUAAGAAAGAUAAGACUGCUAGAAGCCCGACCAGAUAAUGAUCUAGACAACAGGAGCACGUCCACCACCACACCCCAACCUAAAGAGAGCACCCCUCCAACUGAUCCUAAGAAGAAGGAGUCUGACGAGGAGGAGAACGAGGUUGAGGUACCGGUAGAGGAGACAGUUGAUAUGAACACUCCAAUAAACUACCUACCCACCGAGAACAUGUCUACUGAAGAGCUGGAUAAGUACUACCAGAAACUAACAAAGAAGCACACCCUGAUGAGUAGCGAGAUAGUGAAGUGUGGCAGUGCUCUGAGGACCAUGCCGCUGGGACAGGACAGGUACCGGAGGCAGUACUGGCUGUUGGGCCAUGCUGGAGGUGUUUACGUUGAGGGACUCAACAGAAAACGCAGAUUUAUUGAACUAGAAAUGGAUAAGAUAAGCUACAACGCACCCAGUUCUGAAGAGAUAAAACUCCUAAACUACGCGGAGCAGCGCCAGCAGCAAGGUCUGGACCUUCUUGGAGGAAUGAGCCCCUCUUCCUCAUCAGCUAAAAUCCCUGUAGCAGUUGCUGCAAGCUCCAAUAACCACAUCAUCAACACUGUGGCUAAGCGGGGCAGGCCCCCUAAAGCCAGGAGCACUGUUGAUAAUACCAGGAUUGAGCAGCUCAUCCAGCAUCAGCAAGCACAGCAGAAUCUCGAGAAGCUGCUACAAGCUAACGCAGCUGAGGAGCUACAAAAGAUGCUGCUGAAGGGUCAGAUGAAUGGUGGCUCAACGGCCGCUGCCACCGCCCAGCAACCUAAACCCCGACCCUGGUUCAACCUGUUACCCCGGCAACCCUGUGCCACCGCCACGACUAAACUCUCCGACUUGAAGGCUCACCUGGAGGCAGCGGAACGGGAGAGGAUCAUGUCCCAGAUUCAGGUUGCCCUGCAGGGUAACUCCCAGCUGUCUCAACUAUCUCAGAUGUUUGGAGGACAGAUCACCCCUGAACUCCUCAUGAUUUACUCCAACCCUCAGUUACUACAACAGCUCACCGGUGGGAACGCGAACCAGCAGUUAGCGCAGGUAGCACAGCUUCAGCAGCUGAUUGGAUCUCAGCAAGUUUCACAAGAACAACAGAUGGCACUUCAGUUACUGUUACAACAACAGGCUGCUCAGCUUAUGAUCGCUCAACAGCAAGAGCUCGCACUGCGACAGGCAGGUGUGCACCCAGUAGUGGCAGCCUUGUACGCUCAACAGAUACUAAACAACGGAGACAACAAGACUGUGGAAGCGAAGCAGCAGGAACUGCUCCUCCACGCUCUGCUAGCUCAGCAGAACGACCCUAAGCAGCAGCAGGUGCUGUUACAAAGUCUGCUGACACAACAGAACUUGGUGCAGCAACAGGCUAUACUGCAAGCCAUCCUCUCGCAGGCGGAGCCUAAGGAACAGCAGGCUAUCCUGCAGCUGUUAGCAUCUCAGCAGACUGAAGCUGGACAACAGCAGAUAUUGUUGCAGCUCCUGGCGGCUUCUCAGCAGAAUGCCAUCGAGAAGAAGGAUAUUGGAGCUCUUCAGAAACUACAGCUCGUAGCUCAGCUAGCUAGAUUAGAAGAGAUGGCAGGCCAACAACAGCAACAACAACAGCAACAGAACGUCCCCUCUACUUCAGGAGUGAAGCAGGAGGAGGAGACUACAGCAAGACAGAGCCCCGCCAUUAACCCCGUCACUAACUCCCCCGCCUCCACCAACCUAUCCCUACCUAUUGAGAAUCCUUUAGAACGAGCUAGCCCAGCUGUUUCCCACCACUCCCCUGCUCGGGCUAGCCCUGCUCUCAACUCCAGCGCUAGAGCCAGUCCUGUAACAGUAUCCAGUCCAGUAGCCGUAGCCGCCAGUCCCGCCGCCGCCGCUAGUCCCGCCGCCGUCAGAGCUAGUCCAGCUGCCGAAGCAAGUCCUGCGCCCCCCGCCAGAUCAAGCCCCAUCUCAGUUUCUAGUCCUAAAGCUAGUGACACUAAAUGUGAAGACAUGUCCGAAAGUCCCAGGCCCCCACAGUCAGCCAGUCCCGCAGGCAACUCCUUUGGAGUCGAAUCCAAAGAAGAAAACGCCCCGACCCCCCAGUCAACCGAGGAAGAAUCAAUGGAAACAUCGGACGAUGUUCUACGAUUGAACGACAUACCAGAGUCGUGUCAGAAGGGUUGGUGGAGGGUGACAUCCCAGGCGACCAUCAGACAGAUCCUGCUGAACCUCAAUUCUCGGGGUAUCAGGGAGAGGAACCUACAGAAGCAGUUUCACAAAAACCUAAACGAUUCUAAAGAAUUGCUCAAGACGAUGCCUAAUGAUCAAGAACCCAAAGUACCAGGCUGUCCGUACACGGACAAGAUAGACCGGACUAAAGAGGGAGAAGAAGAAGCAAGUCACGUGCUACCCUUCCAGGAGGGAGACGAUGCUCCAGACCCUAAGGGCCAACUUGAGGUAGCACGUCAAGUGUUCCGGAACCUAGAGGCGUUCAAAGAGAAAGUGCUGCGAGGGAGUCUGCAAACAAAGGACUGUAAGCUCCACUUCAACUCUCUGAGUCCAGAUGCGGACAAGGACGUCGCUGCUAGUUUCGAUACAAACAGGGCUGUUCUGUUAGCCUGUAAAACCUUACUGUUAGAGUUAGAGGCCUCUAUAGAGGCCCGGUACAUGAAACCACCUCUGAAGUCCCAUCACCCUGGUCUAGCUCCCAACACCGACGAAGAGGAACCACAGGAGGCGAGAGAGCACCCGACCCGUAUCCCCCCUGGUCUGAGAGCUUGGAGAGCGGCGGUGGAGGUAGCCGAGAACCCAUCCCAACUUAGCAUCUGCGUGGAACAGUUACAAGCUUGUAUAGCCUGGGAUAAGAGCAUCAUGAAAGUGUACUGCCAGGUGUGUUGUAAAGGAGGAGCUGACCACCUGUUACUGCUGUGUGACAGUUGUGACAGAGGGUUCCACACCUACUGCUGCACCCCGCCCCUCGAGAAGAUACCCGAGGAUGACUGGUUCUGUUUGAGGUGUGUUGCCAACAAUACCCCAGAGGACAUGUGCACCGUCUGCUCAACCAAGGGUGGUAAGCAGCUAGGUUGCUCCAAGUGUCUGAGGAAUUACCACCUAACCUGCCUCAACCCUCCUCUCUACAAACCACCCAGAGGAGACUGGCAAUGCUCCACCUGCGCUAAAUCCUCUAAUUCUAAACGGGGAUCUGACUCACAGAGUAAUUCACUGACGAACUCAAAAAACGGUAAAGGAAGAGGCAGGGCUAAGAAGACUGAGGAUUCGAGGCAGCGCCGACCUAGUUGUUUCAACCACGAUCUUUGUAUUGCUUUAUUAGAUGAGUUAAAGACUCACCACUGCGCCUGGCCCUUCCUUUCUCCGGUGGACAAACAACAAUUUCCCGAGUACUACAAGUACAUCAAACACCCCAUGGAUUUCGAGACGUGCAGUAAAAAGUUGGAAUCCAGCAAAUACGUUACAAACGAGGAUUUGUACAAAGACAUCAGACUUAUCUUCAACAACUGUCACAAAUUCAACGAGGACGAAAGUGAGGUUGGCCAGGCAGGGUUGACCAUGUCAUGUUACUUCGACAAGCGGUACUCCGAACUCUUUCCUCGAACUAAGUGAUGUCAGUAGGAGUCUAGAGUUAUAUAAUGACUGUUUCCUAAAACAAGUUCAAAAUAGAUCAAAUCAUUCUCAUGGUGCGGUAGAUCGUUUCUUGCUCCGUGCGCGGCGGGGGACCGCGGUGGGACAGACGAACAGUUUUUAUUUGAGUUUUAGAUGUUAGCGGAGCGUGAUUUAUACAUUUACUUAUUUAAUAUUUUUAUUAAUAAAUUAUUAUUCACAAAUGCGAUAUUUGUAUUUUCGUUUAGCAUUAUAACACGUGUUUUAUCGUAGAGUAAAGCCGUUUUCUUUUCCAUUUCGUUAUAAGUAUAACUACAAAUUUAAUCAGGCUUGAUAUUUUACAUCUAUUGAACGUGACAAAUCUUACAUUUCUGGCAUUAUGGAAGUCAUGUUUGAUUCAUUACGGUUAUUCUAACCAAUGAACAGAAA